AUGUUCAUUGAAUCAAUGCAAAAAUUGGAGAGUACUUGGCAAGCUUAAUAGCAUAUUCUCUUUGGCUUGUAACAAUGCAUAGGUGUUUCCUGGUUGCUGCUGUCUUAGCCACAGUGAGCUGGCUAGUGGCAGGUGAGACUAACUUUGCCACGUACAAACUCAGUCUGCGUUGGCCACCUGCUCACUGUGAUGCACCAAGCUUCGAAUGUAAACCAAACGUUCUCAACACUUUUACCAUCCAUGGUUUAUGGCCACAAUUCGCUGAUGGCAAAGUGGUGCCUCCCUAUGAUCCGGAAACAAAUAGAUGCACCGAUGAUCCUGUGACCGAUCUAGACCAAUUUUUGCGGCUAAUGACACCCCUCAUAGAAUCUUUGAGGAAAUAUUGGCCAAACUAUGGAGACUAUCAGAAUGAGACAAUGAAUGAGAAUUUCUGGAAACAUGCAUGGAAACUUCAUGGAAUGUGUUCUGAUUAUUCUGACAAUCCUGCUAGUUAUUUCAAGACUGCUGUAUCUCUUGGCAUCAAGUACAUUGAUCCAUUCAAAGGCACCAGAAUCACACCCCGACUAGUUCCUUAUAUGGCAAAAGAUAUAUCAGAUGCUAUCAAAGAAAAGCUUGGAGUAUAUCCUCAAAUUGCCUGUAACGAAGUGGGCGGAACAGUCCAACUGACGGAGGUCCGGUUUUGCUUUAAAAGGGGCAAGGAAAACUCACCAUCCAUCCUUCAAGACUGCCCCAUAAGAUAUGCUUAUAAAUGUUCAGAUGACAGGGACGAAAUCAUGUUCGUUCCUCAUCUAAUUGGCUAAAUGAGAAGUAGAACUAGCUAGUUCCCAAGCUAGUGGGGAUGUUGUGAAGUAGUAAAUAAGAAUAAAUAAACCUGGAAAGCUAUGCACGUAAAUUGCUUUCUAGCAAUGAUUUCGUAAACUCUGUCACACCCUUAAAAGCUAUCUAAUUGGCUUGACUACCACUGGUGCUUGGCAGUACGAAUCACUUUACCAGUAUUUCAAAUGCACUUUAAUGAAAUUUCGUGUGUUUAAUGUUG